CCGCGCGACCUCCGCAUGGAGCCGCGGGAGUCGUGGGCGGCCUUGGCGGCUGGUGGAAUUGCUGGUGUCUGCGUUGACUUGAUCCUUUUCCCCCUGGAUACUGUGAAAACCAGACUGCAGAGUCCCCAAGGAUUUAGGAAGGCUGGUGGCUUUCGUGGCAUCUAUGCUGGUGUUCCUUCCACUGCUAUAGGAUCCUUUCCAAAUGCGGCUGCUUUUUUUGUCACCUAUGAAUAUGUUAAGUCUGUGCUGCCCUGUGGCUCUGCGUCAUACCUGUCUCCUGUAACGCACAUGGUGGCUGCCUCCUUUGGAGAAGUGGUCGCAUGCCUCGUACGGGUCCCAUCUGAAGUCAUCAAGCAAAGGGCCCAAGUUUCUCCUUCCUCUAGCACCUUUCGGAUCCUCUCCCAAACUUUAUAUCAUGAGGGUAUUCAAGGACUUUAUCGGGGAUAUAAAAGCACAGUAUUAAGAGAGAUUCCUUUCUCUCUGGUACAAUUUCCAAUCUGGGAAUCCUUAAAGGAUCUCUGGUCAUGGAAGCAGGGUCACGUGGUGGAUUCUUGGCAGUCAGCAGUCUGUGGAGCUUUUGCAGGUGGAUUUGCAGCUGCCGUCACCACACCUCUGGACGUAGCAAAGACGAGAAUUAUGUUGGCAAAGGCUGGUUCCACUAAUGCGAGUGGGAAUGUUCUGGCUGCUCUCGGUGGCAUCUGGAGGACACAAGGCCUGUCGGGCCUCUUCGCCGGCCUCRUCCCGCGCGUGGCGGCCAUCAGCCUGGGCGGCUGCAUCUUCCUGGGCACCUACGAGAAGACCCGGCGGCUGCUGCUGUGACCCCGGCGGCGCCUCCCGCGAGCGGCCGCUCCUGCUGACAAC